AUGAGCUGGCCAUUGCUGAUCUCUACCACGAUUGCGCUCAUUGCAGUUGAUUCAACAGGAGCGACUCCAUUCAUUUGGGAUGUAGAUAAAAGAGCUGAAUCCCAGAAAUUCGAAAAUGCGGAUACAACCACCACCAAGAAGUCAGAAUCUACCACCAAAAAGCCAACAUCCACCACCGCCAAGGAUGCUGCUUCCACCUCGGCAUCAAAGAAACCCGCAUCAGCAUCUAGCAGUGCUCAGCCUAGUUCAUCUGCUGCAGUUGCCUCAUCCACCGCCAUCACAUCAUCCACAAGCACGCAACCUCCUCUCAUGGUGGUCAAUCCCACUCCCAAUGCAUCCUCCUCCAGUGCUAUUCCUUCAUCUACAUCUACUACACAGAAAGACGCCUCUUCAGCAAGCGUUCAGAAUGGCGGUGGCAUAUCAGGCGGUGCUAUUGGCGGUAUUGUCGCUGCCAUCAUCAUUAUCAUCGCAGGUGUCAUUGCCUAUCUCAUCCUUCGCAGAAAGAGAAACAGAAAGAACGCACAACGCAACAUGAAUUCUCGCAUGUCUAAACCUGAUCCAUUUACGAUGGGUUUCGGCAGUGACCAAGCAUUCCAUAAUACUCAAUCAUCUUACCAACAACCUCAAAUGCAACAGAAUAACCUUCAAGUAAACACUUCACCAUAUCAGCACCAGUAUGGUACAGUCCAACCUGCUAUUGCUGUUACAUCGCCCACAUCGCCUUCUUCUCCUUAUUACAAUAACAAUGGUACGCAAUUCCAUGAUGCUAAUAAUCAUAUCAUAACUGCUUCUAUGAUGCCUGCUAUUGUGCCUCAACAACAACAACCAUCACAGUAUCAACCCAAUACAAUCUAUCAGCAAGAGCAAUCCGAGACUCACGCCACCAUCAAUGAUACGGGUAACGCUGUGCCUGCAAAUGCUUCUGCUGCUGCUGCUGUUACUGCUGCUGCUGCUGCUGCAACCACUGCUGCUGUCGGUGCAAGUGCUGGCAGUGUUCCACAUCAACAACAGGCUCUGCUUCCACCAACUCAAGCUGGCUCGGUUGGUGUAUUCUACGUAGCAGCCACAUACACACCCACAUUGAGUGAUGAAAUUGAUAUUCAAACUGGUGAUCAAGUCGAGAUCUUGGUAGAGUAUGACGAUGGAUGGUGUCAAGGCAUCAACUUGAGCAGAGGAAAUACCAAGGGUGUCUUCCCCAAGCAUUGUGUCGAGUAUCCCACCUCAGAGAGCACAGCUAGCAGCGACAUAGAUAGAGUUAAAAGAGUCAGCUCCAUGUAUAUUGCUCAAUAA